GUUGUUGAUUACAUUUCCAAGUGCGGCACGUAAUGUCCGGUAGACCCUAUACUUAGCCACGAGGCAGAAUCCGAGAUAUCGAUACAAAUCAGUAACAAGUAGCUCUGCCAGCUCUCAAAGGGCUUGCAUUUCGUGCGUGGGCUUUGAUUGUACUCUCCACUUUCUUUUCCUGCCAAUUUUCAAACAAUGGUUCCUUCAAUUGACGAAGUCGAGGAAUACUUUCAGUCCCUCGAACGCUUUCUGGCAGAUUCUCUGACGGCCGCCUCGCCUGAUCUUCCAAACAUCCGAGAGGCCGUUCACCGUCUUUGGGUUGAUAUUUCUCGCUUUGGACCACCAGGUCUCUCUUCAUUCCCUGACAUCCAUGUCCCCGGUCUUGGGGCAUUCGAGGUUCCUCCACGUCCGCCUCCACCCCCACUACCUAGGACCCUCAUAGAGAAGACUGGUGAUUGGAUUACAGAACAUCCAUGGAAGAGCUCUGGCAUAGCAGUGACAGCUCUUGGAGCUGGCCUACUUGCUGGCUACACUACCUUCCGUAUGACGCACGCUCAUAAGAGAAGACUUAGGUCGACUACUGUCACUCCCGAGAAACGGCAGGUUGUUGUUGUGUUGGGUGGUGAUCACCCUCUGGGCCUCCCGCUUAUCAUCGAACUUGAGCAGAAGGGAUAUAUCGUUAUCACUAGCGUCUCCACACCGGAAGCUGUCGGUAGCAUUGAAAGCAAGGGACAUGGAUAUGUCCGAGCUCUUGUCCUUGACCCAAAUGAGCCUGGCACGAUCCCAAUUUUCCUUAGGUCGCUUGCGUCUACUUUGUCCCGGCGUUUCCCAAUCACAGCAGCUGGUGACCCAUAUGCAGCCACUCAUCCCCUUCUCCACUCCAUCAUUUCUCUACUUACACUGCCAAUUCCCUCUAUUCAUACAACGCCAACCCCCAUUGAACAGCUAUCUUUACGAAGUACAUAUCUUCCGCAUCUUCUCUCCACGCACUUUGCACCUCUCCAGACACUCCAAGCACUCCUACCAUUACUCCGCGCAGACGCCCAGCGUGGACGUGGCCGCAAGUCCAUCAUUGUGUGUCUCCCCGCUGCUGAUGCACGUGUUGGACUGCCUUUCGGCGGAGUCAGCGCCAUGAGCGCAGCUGCUACUCUUCGUGCGUUGGACGUGCUACGCCGUGAAGUUGCUGUUGCACAAGGAAUGGACUCUAUCCGCAUCGUUGCUGUCGAUGUGGGCGUUGUUGGUGAAACCCCCGUUUCGGGUCUUGCAAAUCCACACGUGAUGGACGACUGGACUCUCUCGGAGAAAGCAACCUAUGGUCCAGCGUUCACUGCACUUGGAGAAACUAGCAUGGGUCAAUCUCGUAGACCGGAAGACAUUUCUGUCCUCAUAAAUAGCAUAAUCGGGGUCGUCAGUGCCGGAACAAAGACUACGACGGCAAGUAAAACGAUCUGUGGCAUCCGCGUCGGCGUUGGGUAUGAGAAAAUUAGAGAUUGGAUUCGUGGCGACCGAUUUGCUGUUGGUGCCGGUGGUUCGUUGUUUUCCCGUCUUUCCACGCAAAAACGAGAGUUAACAAUCGUUGUCCACGCAGCAGGGACAUACACGUUUGCGUCAUUCCUCCCUGGCGUGCUGCUAGAUAGAUUGCUGAGUCUACCCCACAUAUUGGUUGGCAUCCGCAAUUGGCUCUUGCCAGUGCCUCCUGCUCAGCCACCCACGGUCCCAGAAGUGGCCCCCAGCGUUCCAUCCUCUACCGCGGUGUCCUUAUUUCUACCAUCAUCUGCAUCAACUUCCUUGACAGCGAGCAGCUCACCCUUAGCUCCACGUCCAUCAGCUUCAGAGGCGGCUGCACCAGUACUUGAGCAGACUGAACCUCUUUCUGAGCCUGAAGAUAUAAGUGGACAUGAGACAGGCUCUGAGGCUGACUUGGAAAGUAAUUCUGGCGACGGCGAUGCUUCUGCGGUGGAAAGUAGCUGGGUGAGCUUGGGGUCUCGUGGACCCACUGAUUGAGGUUUAGGUCUUGCAAUAGUUGAUUGCUUCGUGCAAUGUAGUAAUGCGAUAACUGAGGAUACGAUGCUAUGAUCUGUACUUUUUGUAUAUCUGUACCCCACAAAUAUUAUUCCUGCUCGCAGACCUUUCUGCAGCGGGCGCUACUCUUGAGUACAAAUUUA